AUGGCUCCAGGCGACAAACUCCCUGACUUCCUGACCAACACUCCCCUCCACCCGUCUUUCGACAAGGAUAUUAAGGACACUCACCUGAUCUACGACUACGAUGCGCAAGACAACGAUGGUAAUCCGGAGAAGUGGCGUUACGAGCUGUGGUGCUUCUCAAACGAUCGUGUAGUUUAUGCGAUACACGGAGGACCAAUGGCUGGAAGAAUCAAUUAUCAACGCGCGACAUACCAGUGCAUUCGCCCCGGCGAGCUCUGGCAGAUCAACUGGCUCGAAGAGACCGGGACUGUGGUCUCUGCGGUGUACGAUAUCCCACAGAAGAAGAUCACGACCUUGAUCUCGUUUUCCGAGGGACAUUGGAAGCAAGCGGAGGUAGCACACGGAGACAAGAGGCAUAAGGAGAACUUGGAGAAGUGGAGGAAGUUGGCUGAUGUGGGAAACCAAGCAAGCCGGUUCAUGCUGAGCGAACAGGCGAAUAUCAUUGAAGUGUUCAAGGGCAAGGGUGACCUAGUCCCGAUCAGCGAAGAAGACCCUACCUUCUAG